CGCAUGUUAAACAGUUAAAAGUGCUGGGCUCAAGUAGUCGGUCAGAAACUUGUGAGGAAUUUUAUUAGUUGAUAUUAGUGCCCACAGUGGGAUCUAUUUGCAAACACGCAGGUAUGUAGGAGUUGAAAAACAGGGAGUGUCGUGUUUCCUGGCGUUCCCCAGCGUUAUCUGAUCCACAGCUCAUUUCCACAGUGAGAAACUGAUCCUGCACAGCUCUGCAUUGAACAAAAGGAAAUGAGCGACCUGCUGACGACUCAGAGCCAGAACUGUUACAGGGAGCAGAUCCAGAAGGAGAUGUUGACCCGUUUAACCUGGAGGAGCCGCUACGCCAAACUCUACCCAUCCUGCUACAAUCCCAGGAACAACAGCAGAGAGCCCACACAGCUGCCACAGCUGCCAAAGCUACCUGCCGACCCUCAGGCUGUUGUGCCUCUUGUUGCCAGGACUACUGAGAAGCAGAGCGACCUUCUUCGUCCUCCUCCUCCUCCUGUGUGCUCUGUGGGAGGUGAACAGCAGCUCAGUGUGCCUCCUCUAAUGAGGCCGGUUUCGCCCCACACCAGAGAGGCUCUGUAUCAGGACUCCUCUCACCAUGGCAAAGGGAGAACUCUGUACUUGCACAGACGUGGACACAUUAAACCUGAGGAGAAGUUUAACUUUCCCCUGCUCUCCUCCUGGGAUUAUGGCUGGAGGCUUGGUGACUACACGCUGGAUUACAGAACUCCGUCCAGCGCCAGGUCAUCCUUGGUGAAGAACACCUUCUAUGCAAAGAACGGGGUAUUCAGCCGCCCAGCAGCCACCGACACCCUGGGCUGAAGUUCUGUUACCCCAUUCCAGAGGCUGCUCUUUAAAGAGCACUUCAAAGGCAAUCGUGCCAACAGAUGUCCAAAUAUAACCCCAGGCUAAUGUGAUUUGGGGAUUUCCUGGUAUUAUAAACUCAUUUACUUAUAAAAAUCUGGAUUUUUUAAAUAUAUAUAUAUAUUUUUGUUUGUUUUAGAAGUUUUUGAAUGGUAUGUGUUGAACUACUUUUUGACUUCCUAUCAAACAAAAGACAAAACAAAGCUUUGAUAAAUGAGUACACCUGUAAGUGGUCAUAUUUAUCAUGAGAUAAAAUGCCCUGUCAGGAAAUAUGGUGAUGGGAAUAAAAAGUGCACAUGCAGCCCAUCAAUCCAUCCAGAAAUCCAGUACUUCCUGUAAUGCUGUCUGUUUACGAUGCACAUGGCUGUAGGGUUAAGUGUCUAAUAACCUGAUACCAAAUGUUGGAUAUUUAAUGAGUCUCUUGCCUGGAAAGAGUCCGGAAGAAGCAACUGACCUUUAUACGCCUGAAACCUGAGUACUAGGUGUAUUCCAAUGAGCCACCAGAGGAAAUGUUACACAGCACAGGCUUAGUAUUGAUUUCUAAUUAAACAUAAUUAUUUAAAGACUA